AUGCCUGGUUCAGCUCCCCACGAGGAGAAGCAGGAGAAGCAGGAGAAGCCAGAGGCUGCUACUAGCACCAGCGACACUGGCGCUGAUGCUACCGACGCGCGACAUGAUGCUGGAGUUGUGGUGGAGACCAGGAUUCUGUCCGUCAAUAACAACAGGACUUCUGCUGAGAAGCCGGCUAUCCAGACGCGGCAAUCGACGGGGGAGAGCGGAAAUUUCACCGUGCACAUGUUGUCGAACGACGUGACGCCCAACAAAUCCACCGACCCCAAGGUGAAGGUAGUUCCACGGCCGACCAAAGCUCCCAGCAAGGACGACUUUGUGAUUCACAUCAAGUCUUUGGAGCGGGUGGAUGGGAAGAAGCCUUUCAGGCGAUCCAAGUCCAAGAGCACCACAAUGCCUUCUGAGAAGCGCGCGGCCACAACAACCAAAGGCAACGUUCAGAUCAACGUGUGGACCAUCACGGAAGCCCCGCAAUCCGAAAGCAAAGUGAAGCCUUCACGCUUGGAGUAUGACAACGGUCCAUGGGCCAACGAUUGGGGAGAUGAGUGGAAAUUGGAGGCGGACGAGCCUAAACAGCAACGGAAAGUGAAGGAGCUGCCGGUCUACGAGCAGUCCUUUCAAGGGUGA